AUGUUGGAUUUAAACUUGGAUUUAAAAUCAAAAUUUUUUUUUGUCUUGUCUUUAAAAGAAUUGGAAUGGACCGUUGGAAGUGGGAAAAACACAUAUUUGUGGUUUCACUGUGCAGCACUCGUUAAUCCGCCAUUAAAACCUCCUGCUGCAAGUGUUCACAUGACUUAUAAAUUUCUGCAGGCAGAAACUAAAUUGUUGUCGGCUUUGUUACAAAACCACGGAAUGAGAGAGUGGAUGGAAGUUAAUUAA